AUGAUCCAUAGCUUAAAUGUGAAGAUGGAUUUCGAACUAAAAAUAAGGAGCGAGAUAACAAGGCGUGUCAAACCACGUUACUCGGACAGUCCAAUGUCUGGUGUCUUAGUCAAAGAGUUUCAUCUCGAAGAAGGCGCACCCACGUUCUUGAGGGAAAUACACUUCAGUAAUUAUUACACCGGCCGAAUAACAGGGAAGGUGUGCUACCAAGACGACACAGACGAUAAACCCACAUGGCUAAACCUGUUUCGGGUACAACCAAUGCUGAAUUUUCACGUUUCCGACGGAGCGUGUGCGAAAAUAAAAAUCUCCAUGCCACUCAACUUCGAUACAUCCGUCAAUCGUCAUAGAUUGCAUCGAGUGUGCUUGCUUCUGCAACAGCCAUCACCGAUUUGGAAGGAAUUUUCUGUACGAGAGGUUAAGUUUUAUUCGGAAUAUGUUACCAAUACAGGUUCCAAUCAACUGGUGAACGAGGUAAAAUGCAUAAAUGAUGACAUCAAUGAGACACGCGAUGAUGAGUUCGACAGUGAAUUGCAAGGACAGAACACAACGGGUGGAAGCCAAUGUGAAAACAACUUGGCAGAAUUGGUUUCAAAGUGUUAUCUAAGUGAUGAAACUGAGAACGAGCUCAAAGUCGCGACGAAAUAAUCGAAAUCGUGAAACUGAGUCCGGAGUCCGUAAACAUACUAUACGGGGGAAUUAAAGAAGAGGCCGGUUCGUGGAUGAAGUGAACGGGGAACUGAGACGUCGGUACGAAAGGAAUCCAAGUAUUCCUCGUGAGAAAAUGUCUGCUACUAUGCACAGCGCCCUAUGAUAUUUGAUCUUUCUAUUCAAUUACAAACAGUAAUGGUUUAAAUACAGUUGAAAAUGCUCAGUUAUAGAA